AAAAUACAAGAAUAGAAAUCCAAUCCCUUCCAUCAGUCAUCUCCACCUCCGUUCAGAUGGCCAUCACCGGAUCCCCAGAAUCCACCACUGAAAUCAGAUCAAUUUACGACCGUUCAAAAGAAGUCAAGGAGUUCGAUGACACGAAAGCCGGAGUCAAAGGACUUAUAGAUUCUGGCAUGGAUAAGAUCCCUAAAAUCUUCAUCCAUCCAUCAGAGAAUCUACCCAAGGCAUCAGAUCCCAACACAACCCACCUCCAGAUCCCGAUCAUAGAUCUCGAAGGGGUCCGUGGCGAUCAACGGAUCCAGAUCGUCAACGAGAUCCGGCGGGCAUCGGAGACGUGGGGGUUCUUCCAAAUGGUCAAUCAUAGCAUCCCAAUUAGUGUACUAGAUGAGAUGAUCGAAGCCAUUCGUAGGUUCAACGAGCAACCGAUGGAGGCCAAGAUGGAAUUCUACAGUCGGGAUCGCACCAGGAAGGUUAGGUUUGUAAGCAAUUUCGAUCUCUACCAAUCGCGCGCAGCAGAUUGGAGGGACAGCUUCGUGUGUGUCUUCGAUGCCGUUGAUUCACUGGGGUCCGAAUCACUGCCGCUAGUUUGCAGGGAUGCGUUGCUUGAGUACAAAAAGCACACCGAGAUGCUUGGGGAGACACUAUUUGGGCUUGUUUCAGAGGCUUUGGGACUUAGCCCCACCUAUCUCAGAGACAUUGAAUGCAUGAAAACCCAAUUCAUGAAUUGCCAUUACUAUCCAUCAUGCCCUCAGUCAGACCUGACCAUGGGCACUAAAAAGCACACGGAUCCUGUAUUUCUCACCAUUCUUCUACAAGACCAUAUUGGCGGUCUCCAAGUCCUUCAUCAACAAUGCUGGGUUGAUGUAGCCCCUAUGCCUGGGGCCCUUGUAGUUAACGUUGGAGAUCUUUUACAGCUUAUCUCUAAUGACAGGUUUAAGAGCAUUGAGCAUAGAGUGCGGGCCAACAUUGUGGGGCCCAGGAUUUCGGUUGCGUGCUUCUUCAAUAAUCAUCUCUCUCCAUCAAAUAGGACCUAUGGCCCAAUAAAGGAGCUGACCUCUGAUGAAAAUCCACCUCUAUAUAUGGAAACCUUCGCUGCAGAUUACGUCUCAUACUUCUAUUCACAAGGACUUGAUGGGGACCGGCCCUUGGACCACUUUAGGAAGAAUAGUGGAGUCAUUUGAUAUGCUGGCAGAGUAUGCGCAUCCGUAGACUUGCACUCGGCCAUUGUACACAAGGAUAAGUAAAAUUAAAAUCCAAUCCAUUCACAUCAUGGGGCAUAAAUUAGAUAAGGUAACGACCAAAAAUCGAAUAAAUUAGACGUCCAACCUCCUCAAAUUGGCCAGAUUGGAUAACGUAUGCAGUGCUAGUUUGGCUUGUUGCCCUUCUACUGUGGGGCUAAUGAAUCUGACGGUUCGGAAUUAGGUAUGUGUAACUGACUGUUGGUGUAUGUGUGGGUUGCCACUCUUUCAAGGUUAGAAUAAUAUGUAACGUUGUUCUAAAAAAUAAAUAAAUGCUAUGUAAUUUAAGAUAUUAAGAAAGUUUAUAAAAGCUAAAAUAACAUAAUGGAUUGGCUUGGCCUGUGCGCUGGUCUUGUGCCUGGA